AUGUGUCUGGUCCAUAGGGGGGAUUAUAGUUUUACUAUUUUUUCCUCCGCCCAGUUUCACUAUAAGGGCCAGACACGCAGAUAUACAGAGAGGAGAAGGAGAGGAGAAGCCGAGCUCGAACAAAGUGUUGUGACCAUCACUGUUUGUGUUACACUGGAGUUUUUUUUGGAGAUGGAUGGAUUUAUUAAGAUGGAGAGAGAAAAGUUCCCAUUCACUAUUGAAAAUAUACUGAACAAAUACCCCAAUGGUAAUGGGGAGAGCCGGGCAUUUGGAGCAAGUGGUGGUGGAUUAAAGGAGAAGGCGGGGAGGUCAGGGAGUCCUGCUGGAGGCCAGACUGAGUCCACUCCUCACACUUGCUUGUGCUGCUGCUACUGCUCUCGCUGUGGAGACGUGUUCCAGACUGACUUUAUUCAUGACAGUUGUCAGUAUGGAUGGUCUGCAGGAAUGCUCUCGGAGCCGUGCAGGCUGGGAGACAGUCGCAGAGAGGAGCAGGCAGUCAGUCAGGUCCAGAGACGCACCAGACGUCACCGCACUAUUUUCACCGAGGACCAGCUGGACGCUCUGGAGGAGCUCUUCCUCCAGAAUCAGUAUCCAGAUGUGAACACGAGGGAAAAGCUAGCACAGCGCACUCAUUUACGAGAAGAACGGGUAGAGGUUUGGUUUAAAAACCGAAGAGCAAAGUGGAGGCGUCAAAAACGACUAACAUUCGGUGUGGGAGACAUCGAAAACUGAAACUUGUAUAUGGACUACAGAAUUAAGACAGAGAAGAGAGUGUGUGUCUGUGUCUGUGUGUGUGGUGUGUGUGUGAGAGAGAGAGAGACAGAGAGCGAGAGAGAGAGAGAGAGAGAGAUUUAUAGAAACAGGGAGAAAUGCCAGGGAUGCUGGACAAAUUUGAUCUUGGGAUUUUUUCAGAAACCUCAUUUCUGAUGACUUUUUGUCUGAUGAAUAGUGAUUACCAUCAACCAUUACAGUCAGCGCAAUCCUUAGUCAAUUAAUAAACAAAUGUGGAGCCUUUUUUUUAUCAGUUUCAAGAAACAGGAUUUGGAGACAAUUUUGGUAAUUAUGAAACCGAGCGACUAAGUAUUUGACACAGGGACUCA